AUGGGAUAUUUUUUAUCUGAUAUUCAACUUGAUUGGGCAAAUACAUUUAUUGAUAAAGAUGGAAAUGGUUAUAUAUCUUAUAAAGAAUUUUCAUUAUGGUGGAAAAAUCCUUUACGUUUUGAUCAUCUUUUAUUAUCUGAUGAACAAUUAAAUAAAUUAUGUCAAAUAACAGAAUUAUUUCGUUCUUAUGAUAAUAAAAAUCAAGGUCAACUUGAUAAAAAACAAUUUAAAGAACUUUUUCAAGAAUUAAUUAAACGAAAUAUAAUGGAACAAAAUCAAGCGAAUCAAUUUG